AUCGGUGGUCGCCUGCGCAUGAGUCCCCGCCCCGUAGAGAAACCGCCAUUACAAAAUCAAAAACAGAGCUGACAGGUGAUCGGCGGCUCGCGCGCAGUUUCGGGAGCAGGAUUCGUGGAGUGUCGGCAACAGGUCAGACAUGAGUGACGCAGCGGAGGGGGCAAUGGACAGCUCCGCGGUGUCUGAGGAGGAGGUGGAGGACCAGCAGGAACUGUCACAGGAGGACCAGACGAGUCCCAAAAUAAGAGGCUCCAAAAUCUCAGUUGUGGGAGAAAUCAUCGAAGGGAAACGGGCAAAGAAGACUGUGGAGAGGCUCGACUUCCAGGUGCCGAAACAAAGAGAGAAGCUCAAGAUCGGAGACGGCAGCGGCGAUAAAUUGGGAGACAUUCCUCGCACCAGCUACCAAAUCACCAAGAUGAAGCCGGCUGACCUGAAACCUCUGCACGCCAUCCUGUUCGACAGACCUGGGAAGAUGGCGUUGAUAAAGAAGAACCUGCGGCUGUUCAACGGCUUCGCCUUUGAUGCCGACAGCGAGCAGUUUGCCAAAAAACGGGAAAAGCUUCUCAAGAACUCAAACUUCACAAACAGCAAGCUGAAGGUGGUCUGCAGCGUGCUGGAUCUGGAGAAGAAAGGAACCCACUCGGACCUGGUGGACCGAAUCCUGACCUUCCUCACUGCACCGAAGAACAGUGGCAAGCGGCUGCUAGUGAAGAAGAAGAGGAAAUCGAAGAAGAAGCUGUCGGGCGACGACCCGAUGGUGAAGAAGAAGAACAAAACCAAAACCGCCAGCUCGUCGUCCAGCCCCAAGAAGUCCAAAACAGGAAGCAAGUCCAAAGCCAUCGUCAUGGACUCGAGCAGCGACGAAGACGACGAUGAGGAAGACGAGAAGGCGGGAGCUUCGGCGGAGGCGGAAGGAUCAGACGCUGAGGAAAAACCGUCAGAGAAAGAGGAGGAGGAGCAGUCUGACAAGUCUGAGGAGUCUGCGGAGGAGGUGGUGUCCAAGUCCAGCAGAGGGAGUAAGCGAGCACGGACACCAGCGAAGAAGACGGGUCUUCCCAAAAAGCGAUCAAAGAAGGAAGUUUCAGAUGAGUCUGAGUCAGACAGCGAUGCAGAUGAGAAGCCCAGGAAGAAGAAAGCCGCUGCAGCCAAACCUGCGGCCAAGACGAAGAAGGCGGACAGCAGCAGCCACCGCAGGAACAACACAGCGGAGGACAGCUCGGACGACGACGAGCCGCUGAUCAAGAUGGUGAAGAAGGGGCCGAGCGACGAGCAGCUGAAGGAGACGGUGCAGAGUCUGCUGAAGGAGGCCAACCUGGAGGAGAUGACCAUGAAGCAGAUCUGCCAGAGGGUGUUUGACACGUACCCCGAGCACGACCUGAGCACCAAGAAGGACUUCAUCAAACAGACCGUCAAAUCUCUCAUCACAUGAAGACGGGAAGGGAACGACCUCGGCCAGCAGCUCCUCCCCCCACGUCUGCUUUCUCUUUUAUAUACGUUUUUUUUAUUCCUGCGUGGAGCUCUCACGUGAACUCAUCACUGUUGUGUCACCCGCUGUCGAGUCCAGAGCAGAAGCUGUUUGUCUGAGGAACAGGAAGUAAAGAGAGCGUGACUCCGGGAGAGCCGAGCUCUGGACUCUGUCGUAGUCGAAGCUUUUCUCGAGUUUUCUUCUGUUGUUUUGUUCUCGUUUGAAUCUUCUGAGAUGUGCUGAAAAACUUUGAUUAAAAUUCUACCUUUUUUCAACAAA